UCCAGGGGCCCAUCAGCAGUUGCGCUGAGUGAGUCGAGCUGAGAGAUGCGCGUUCGCUGAGCCGGAGGAAGCAGGGACCGCUGCCUUUUCCUCCACCGCACCUCACUUAUAGGAACCGCCUCAUCACGAGCAUCGGCAUCCCGUCGCCUCCUGAGCGCGCUGUAAUUAAAACACUCCUCUUUCUGGAUUGAAUUUUACUCUGGAUUAUUAUAAUACGCUGUAUAACGCGAGUUUUAUCCGUCCGGAAUCGUCUUCGUGUCUGCGCAGGAAAGGUGUGAAGCAAAGGAUCAAACCAUGGGGCACAGAACCGGACCAUCGAUGACCGCCAUGUGCUUCCAUCCAGGAAGUCGCCUCAAAGAAAAAUCACAAGACGCAGCCCUGAAUCACUGACAGAACUUGCUAAGGAUCAGCUUGAUCACAGCGCUUUCACUUGUCCACUUUGUGUGGAAACUGGAUAUUUUUCUAUAUAUCUCUGCAUAGACUUGGCUGGCGAGAUUAGAUUCCGUCCAUUAUCAACACUAGGUCUGGCUCUGAAAUAAAACCGGGAUAUUGCAUUGUCUGCUUGACUGUAAAAUUAUCUAUGUGGAAUAUAACAUCCCUCAGGUAAACCCUGGAGCGAAACCGUAAUCAGAUGUUAUUGUCACUUUGAGGAUCUACCCCCAGUUCUUACCCUCGUCUGGCUCACCCUGUUAUUCUCUGCAAUGAAUCCAAACAUCCUGCCGGGGCAUUUCCUCGUGCUGCUAAGUACCGUGCUGGGCCUGAGCGUAGGCUUGGAGUUUACUGGCUCUGAAGGUCAGUGGGCUCGCUACCAGCGCUGGGACGCCAGCUCCAGAAGCGACCUGACGUUUCAGUUCAAGACUUCGGAAUCGGAAGGCCUGCUGCUCUACUUCGACGACGGCGGAUAUUGCGACUUCCUGCUCCUCACCACGUCCGAGGGCAGGCUCCAGCUCCGCGUCAGCAUCGACUGCGCCGAGACCACCAUCACCUCCGACAAACAGGUCAACGACAACCGCUGGCAUUUUGCCGCCAUCAACAGGCACAAUUUGCGGACUGGCUUGGCCGUGGACGGCCAGACCAAGACGGAAGAGGUGCGGCCCCAGCGGCAGUUCAUGAAGAUUGUUAGCGACCUCUUUCUCGGAGGCCUCCCGGGGGACAUCCGCACAUCUGCCAUCACCCUGCCCUCUGUCCGCGAGCUGCCGCCGUUCAAAGGAAUUAUCACAGACCUCAGUUAUGGGAGUAAGCUGCCCACGCUAAUCAAUAGUCAGAAAGUACGGUUGGAGAUGAUGGGCCUUUGCACAGAGAACCCCUGCGAGAAUGGCGGGAUCUGCUCACUGGCAGAUGGAGAAACCUACUGUGACUGUUCCAGAACCGGAUAUGUAGGUCGAUACUGCACCGAAGCAGUCCAGAGAAAACCAGGCCUCGCACACCUGAAGGCAGAGCAAGGUAGAAACAAAGCGAGGGAAGAGAACGUGGCGACCUUCCGCGGCUCGGAGUACUUCUGCUACGACCUGUCCCAGAACCCCAUUCAGAGCAGCAGCGACGAGAUCACGCUGUCCUUCAAGACCUGGCAACGCAACGGCCUCCUCCUCCACACGGGGAAAUCCGCAGACUAUGUCAACCUGGCGCUAAAAAACGGGGCGGUUUCCCUCGUCAUCAAUCUGGGCUCCGGGGCCUUCGAGGCCAUCGUGGAGCCGGUCAAUGGAAAAUUCAAUGACAACGCCUGGCACGACAUCAAAGUGACACGCAACCUGAGACAGCAAUCAGGCAUUGGACACGCUAUGGUGACAAUCUCCGUUGAUGGGAUCCUCACCACCACCGGCUACACCCAGGAAGACUACACCAUGCUGGGCUCCGAUGAUUUCUUCUACGUGGGUGGGAGCCCCAGCACCGCUGACCUGCCCGGAUCUCCUGUUAGCAACAAUUUCAUGGGCUGCCUCAGAGAGGUGGUGUACAAGAACAACGACAUCCGCCUGGAGCUCUCCCGCCUCGCCCGCAUCGUUGACCCCAAGAUGAAACUGCAGGGCGACGUAGUCUUUAAGUGCGAAAAUGUUCCCACACUCGACCCCAUCAACUUUGAGACCCCAGACUCCUACCUUGCUUUGCCGAAGUGGAACACCAAACGCGUCGGCUCCAUUUCCUUUGACUUCAAGACAUCCGAACCCAACGGCCUGAUACUCUUCACGCACGGCAAACCCCAGGACCGGCGCGACGCCAAGGGCCAGAAAAACAACAAGGUGGACUUCUUUGCGGUGGAGCUGCUGGAUGGGGGGCUGUACCUGCUGCUGGACAUGGGCUCCGGGACCAUCAAGGUCAAGGCCACCCAGGCGAAGGUUAACGAUGGGGUUUGGCACCACGUGGAUAUCCAGAGAGAUGGACGCUCAGGCAUCAUCUCUGUAAACAGCCGCCGGACCCCUUUUACAGCCAGCGGGGAAAAUGAGAUCUUGGAUCUGGAGGGGGACCUGUAUCUGGGUGGUCUCCCGGACAGCCGGGUGGGCUUGGUGCUUCCCACUGAGCUCUGGACCGCCAUGCUCAAUUACGGCUAUGUGGGUUGCGUCCGGGACCUGUUCAUCGAUGGACGCAGCAAGGACAUCCGGCAGAUCGCUCAGUCGCAGAACAUGACGGGCAUCAAGUCUUCGUGCAGCAAGGUGACAGGGAAGCAGUGCGACAGCAGCCCCUGCAAGAACAACGGGGCCUGUAAGGAGGGGUGGAACCGCUUCAUCUGCGACUGUACCGGCACUGGCUUCUGGGAUAGUACCUGUGAGAGAGAGUCGUCAAUCUUGUCGUACGACGGCAGCAUGUACAUGAAGGUGGUGAUACCCAACGUCAUGCACACCGAGGCCGAGGACGUCUCCCUGCGCUUCAUGUCCCAGCGGGCGUUCGGCCUGCUCAUGGCGGCCACGUCCCGCGACUCCGCCGACACCCUGCGGCUCGAGCUGGACAGCGGGAGGGUGAAGCUGACGGUCAACCUAGACUGUGUCAGGAUAAACUGUAACACCAGCAAGGGCCCUGAGGUUCUUUAUGCCGGACAAAAGCUCAACGACAAUGAGUGGCACUCAGUACGAGUGGUCCGCCGCGGUAAAAACUUCAAACUCACUGUGGAUGACGACAUGGCUGAAGGUCAGAUGGCAGGUGACCACACCCGCCUGGAGUUCAACAAUGUGGAAACAGGCAUCUUGACCGAGAAACGCUUUGUGUCGUCUGCCCCCUCCUCUUUCAUUGGACAUCUCCAGAGUCUCAAGUUCAACGGGAUGCAGUACAUCGACAUGUGCAAGAAUGGAGACAUCGACUUCUGCGAGCUCAACGCCCACUUCGGGAUGCGCUUCAUCAUCGCCGACCCCGUGACUUUCAAGACUAAGGGCAGCUACCUGGGACUAGCCACCCUGCAGGCCUAUACCACAAUGCACCUCUUCUUUCAGUUCAAAACAACCUCCCCUGAUGGUUUCAUCAUCUUCAACAGCGGAGAUGGGAACGACUUUAUUGCCGUGGAGCUGGUCAAAGGGUUCAUCCACUAUGUAUUUGACCUGGGGAAUGGGCCCAGUCUGCUGAAGGGGAACAGCGACAACCCGCUCAAUGAUAACCAGUGGCACAACGUGGUCAUCACGCGAGACGCGGCCAACACGCACACGCUCAAGGUGGACACGAAGUCGGUCACCCAGAACGUCAACGGCGCCAAGAACCUCGACCUUAAAGGCGACCUGUUCAUUGGCGGUUUGGGACCCAACAUGUAUCAGAAUCUCCCGAAGCUGGUGGUUUCUCGCGAAGGCUUUCAGGGGUGCUUGGCCUCCGUCGACCUCAACGGCCGCCUGCCGGACCUCAUCAACGACGCCCUUUUCCGCAGCGGGCAGAUCGAGCGCGGCUGCGAAGUUGGUUUCACCAAAGCCGACCUGCAAGGCCCGAGCACGACCUGCCAGGAGGACUCGUGUGCCAACAUGGGUGUGUGCAUCCAGCAGUGGGAGAACUUCACCUGCGACUGCUCUAUGACGUCCUACUCGGGCACCCACUGCAAUGACCCUGGCACCACCUACAUCUUCGGCAAAGGAGGGGGCCUGAUCACGUACACGUGGCCCAACAACGAGAGGCCGAGCACACGGACGGACCGGCUGGCCGUGGGCUUCAGCACCACCAUCAAAGACGGCAUCCUCGUCCGCAUCGACAGCGCCCCGCGCCUGGGCGACUACAUCAUGCUCCACAUCGAACAAGGCAAAGUCAGUGUUACAUUCAACAUCGGGACAGUGGACAUCAGCGUUAAGGAGACAACCACAGCGGUGAACGAUGGCAAAUACCACCUGGUGCGAUUCACCAGGAACGGAGGCAAUGCGACCUUGCAGGUGGACAACUGGCCAGUCAAUGAACACUUUCCCACAGGCAACAGCGACAUUGAGCGCUAUCAAAUGGCAAAUAAGAAAAUCCCGUUCAAAUAUACCCGGCCAGUAGAAGAUUGGCUUCAGGAGAAAGGCCGGCAGCUUACAAUCUUCAACACCCAGGCCACUAUCUCGAUCGGUGGAAACGACCGGAAGCGGCCCUACCAGGGCCAGCUCUCCGGCCUCUAUUACAAUGGCCUCAAGGUCCUGAACAUGGCCGCCGAGGGCCACGCCAACAUCAAGGUGAACGGCAGCGUGCGGCUGGUGGGCGACGUGCCCGUCAGCAGGGGCGCGGCCCGCACCACCACCUCGGUCCCGCCGGAGAUGUCCACCACCUUCAUAGAGACGACCACCACCCUGUCGACCACGACCACCCGCAAGCAGCGCUCGCCGCCCACUAUUCAGACAACAGAUGACAUUGUUUCAUCAGCAGAGUGCUCCAGCGACGACGAGGACCUGGAGGAGUGCGACUCCGGACACGCAGGAGGGGAGCUAGUCAUCCCCGUGCUAGUCGAGGACCCCAUAGACAUCCCUUCUGUAUCCACCCGUUCUCCCUUCAUCCCCCUCCCCCCAACCCUCCGCCCCGUCCUCACCAUUAUUGAGACCACCAAAGAAUCCUUGGCCAUGGCCACUGAGGCGGGGGUACCUUGCUUGUCGGACCGAGGCAGCGAUGAUUGUGAUGGUGGUGAUGGUGGUGAUGAUGGUGAUGAUGAUGAUGAUGAUGAUGGCAUGGUGAUUUCGGGGUUUGGCUCUGGCGAAGCUUUCGACUCUAGCCUGCCCCCGACUGACGAUGAAGAUUUUUACACCACCUUCUCCCUGGUAACAGAUAAGAUCUUGACCACAUCGGCCUAUGAAGGCGGCUACAAAGCCCUCGCGCCCAAGUGGGAGGCCAAGGACUUGAGGCCUAGCAAAGCCUCUGAGGCAGGUAGGACUACACCCACCUCGCCUCUGCCCGACCUCCGGGGCACGCCGCCAGCGGCGGUCCCCUCGGACACGCCACCCAAGCUGCCCGCCGGGAAAAUGAACAACCGCGAGAUAAAACCCCCGCAGCCGGACAUAGUCCUGCUGCCCCUGCCCACAUCCUUCGAUCUGGACGGCACCAAGCCACGGGGCCCCUUCAUCACCUCACCCAUGCUGCGCACGGUGCCUGCCGCCUUGCCCACAGUGCCCGGUGUGGUGCGGCGGGUGCCCCCGGGGGCCUCCGAGGUGUUCCGGGAAUCCAGCAGCACCACGGGCAUGGUGGUGGGCAUAGUGUCGGCCGCCGCCCUCUGCAUCCUCAUCCUCCUCUACGCCAUGUACAAGUACAGGAACAGAGACGAGGGUUCCUACCAGGUGGACGAAACACGCAACUACAUCAGCAACUCGGCGCAAACCAAUGGCGCUGUGGUGAAGGAUAAAGCACCCAGCGGCAGCGCCAAAGGCAGCGCCAGUAGCAAGAGACCGAAAGACAAGGACAAGGAAUAUUAUGUAUAGAAAUCAAGUCAUUUCCCAACACAUAAAAAAUAAACAGUUUGGAACAAAGUUACAAACAUUUUGACAGUACCAUAUUGGCAACUGUGAUUUAAAAAGAAUCGAAUCUCUUGAGAACUCAAGUCUUUCUGAGUCACUGAAACAUUUACAAAACAACUCUGGCUUAUGGAAGCACACUUACUAUUGUAAGCAUUACAGAGAGACAAUGCAGUACAACUUCAUCGGGACUCAGCGUGGACAUUUUUAAGGAGUCCCUGCUGGAGACUUUUGGCCGUGUGAAUAACAUCACUAACGCGCACACGACCCGAGGUGACUGUCAAGAGGUGUGUGAUCCUUGGAGUUCUAAUGACCCUGUCCAUUGUAACCCUGUAAAAUACGAUCACUGUCAUUUCGGCCAUUCUGAGCAUGCAUGUGAGGUGUAUGUGACGUGGUGCUGGCAUCUGUGUAAGUGAGGGACCUCAAGAAACAAUGAUUGUCGGGAAAGUUGGAAGUCAAAACCUGAUUUCGCGUUAGAAACAGUUUCAUUAAAUGUAGCUUUCAUGGAUGCGAUAUGAGGUAAAGUAUAUGUGUACUUCAAGCUGUCUUUUUGUUUAUAUCUUUUGUUUAUUUUAUUUUUUAUUCAUUCUGUAAUUUAUUUAUUUAUUAUAUUGGAUUUUUUUUUGGUUUUUUUUGAAGGAUGUUGUCCAGUCAGGGUUGGCUUGGCAGUGCUCAGCAGGAUAUGAUACAGUAAUGUAUCUCAAUGUUUUUCUCUCCCUCCCUCACGUCUCAGUUAAGGAUUGGACUGCUAUUCAUGGCAUCCAAAUUGUAGACGGUGCUCAAGCGUGCAAGAGCGGAUCCACCGGGGAAAAUGUACAAUGCAUUGUUAUUUAUCUGAAUUUUAAAUCUCUGAUAGCCUUUUUCUUUCCCUUCAUGUCAUCUUUUUGUUUUGUUCCGUUUCCUUUACUUUUACAGAUAUACCGUGGCAAAAAUUGCAUUAUCAUAAUUUGUGUCUGGCAAAGAUGUAAUUGUCACAAUCUUUAAAAAAGAAAAGAAGAAAAAAAAUCCAGGCUAAAGACUUACUCCAGUGUGAACAAGUGUGAUUCUAUCUGUUGUCACAGACGACUGUGUCAAAAACAGCAAAUAUGUUUACAUAUUUUAUUACAUCUAGCCGUCGUGCUUUGCAGGUCAAUAUUGUACAGAAAUUUCAAGUUUCUGUUGAGGUUUUUUUUUUUUUUUUCUCAAAUCCUCUUCUUGUAUAGACAGACCAUUUGAUUUGAUUUGUUUCCGCUGUAGCAACAUGACAAAAAAAAUCAUUUUGAUUGUUUUGCCAGGAACGCCUGGAGAUAAGAAAUGAUGUGAACAGGAACAUUUGUUUAGGCAGGGAGCAAAUGUUGUUAGAUUAGAAGUGUAGUCUCUCUGGAUGGUGUUUCUCUUCAGUCGCAUGGAUAUUUGACCAUCGGAAACUGUCAGUCGAAUACGAAACGCCUCCCUCAGAUCUUGUGUUUGGGACUCCUCCUUAUUCUGGAAUUACUUUCAUCAUGUUAUUUAUUUUUUUAUUGGAAAUUUAAAAAACAGAGCAAGAGAAUAAAGACCGAUUAUGAUGGAUUUGGAGAUCUAUUGCUAGCACCUUACUGACUUACAGGUGUUUUUGUUUUAAUUUUAUUUCUUUUAUUUUUUACUGUGACGUCUUGUCCGCUCAACUCGUCGUUUGCAUUCGUUUUAUUAUUUUUUUGUUUUUUUUUUCUGUUACUGUAUAGCUAAUUUCAUGUCUCAUUUAUAUGACAUCCUCCGGCAAUAUGUUUUUUAUGUCAUUAUUUAUUGCAGAAAUUAUUUGUUCUCAUUCAUUUUCAUGCAAAUCAGUCAGUGUGUACGUUCACUUUGAUUUUUUGUGUUGGUACUUGGCUUUUUCGACCAGUUAAUUAUUGUCUUAUGCUCCUUUGACUCCAAACAAUUCCCAGAAAUAAAAAAAAAAAUGUUGUUCCCAAA